AUAUCGAUUCGAUUGCGUGAUCAGUAGAAGUCGGUAUCAAGGUUGUCUAUUUAAGUUCAUCUCUAAGGUAGUGUUAUUUUAAGCCAUCCUGUUUACUUACAAAAUACCUGUUUCCAAAACGCUAUACAAUAAGUAGUAUUAGAACCACUAAACUCCAUAUAAAUGCAUCACUAUUGUCCACUUACUCUCCAAUUAGAGCGGAUUAAUCCUCUAUUUGUUUAUUAAAAUUGUGAAUCUGAGGAUGUAUUGUGACAGUGUCAUAAUUAUCUGCAGCCUUCUGCCAUCUAGUUUCAGAUAUACUGAUGGACUUCGGUUAAAGUUUUGUAGGUUAUUUAAAUGGAUGGUUGGAUACUGAAUACUGAAAUAGUAAUUCUUAACACACACUUUAUUCAUAUUAAUAACCCAUCUAUACUAGCGAAUUUCGCUUGUCUUCCUGUCUAUUCCCCCAAAGUCUGAUUCCCUAAUCAGUUGUUAUUUGUCUCCUGACAAGCAGUAUGGAAAGGGGUUUAUAGUGUUCUGCCCGUUAAUUGAGCUUCAACAUUUUUAGUGUAUAACUUCCACCACUUAACAGUUGUUUACCCGUUAGUUUCUUCGGCAUGAACUGUAAUGUACACAGGUUAGACAACUUUACAAGCACAAUGUAGACGGAUGUUGCUAAUUCAAUGGGUGAGGUUGAUUGUCCUGCACCAGAGAAUACUUUAAGAAGUUCUCCAGGUCCCUCCGAUCCUACUGCCCAGGUAGUGCAACUACUUGACAUUUUCAUGGCUGUCAUUACGACGCCCAGGGAUCUUCAUCUAACAUCUUGCACUAGCUUUUGCAAUUUUGAAUAAUCAAAAGAUGUGUAUGUCUUUAAACCCCAUGCCGAUGACUGAAAUGUAGUCAAAGAUACCAUCCUGCUCAUCGCUCCUAGUUCAUACCUCCAUGUAUUCAAGUAAACGGGAUUAAAAUUAACUCGACUCAAGGGUCUGCAGUGUUCGUGAGAAAUAUAGAAGAGGUGCAUAUUGUUUUUAGCGAUGCAUACAAGGUGCAUGGCUUGAAUGUCCAUGUUCGUCUGAACUCAUCACUUUAGUACAGAACUAAAAAUAGCCAUCACUAAGCCAAAGGCUCCGAAAGGGAGAAGAGAACUUCGCAUUUGUGGGAUUUUGGGCAGUGUGGCAUUGGAAACGAAUGCUUCCGGGACCUGUAUGUGUAAGUAGGGUAAUAAAACAAACACCUCAGCGGUACUGCAUAGUAAUGUUUGCAGCUUGCAUGACAAAAUUUCUCGGUUGGGGGUUCUAGUCGAUAAAGUAAGACCUGAUUUAGCUACUGUAUUGGAAACAUAGUCCAUUAACGAUGUGAAUGCUACUUCUCUCUCCUAUUGGUACUCCUACGUUAUGGCUCAUAAAAUAUCAAGUAAAGAGUGAAAUAAUUCCGCUAUACAUGAGUGACGACCUAAAUAUAAGGUCAACUAAUGCAGAAGCACAUGAAACGGUAUAAUAUUAAUCUGUGACGUUAAAUUAAUCAGCAGUAUAGUUAAGGCGAGUAACCUCCCGGACUUCAUGUUGCACAGCAAAUGACUUUAUACUGAACCACAAACUUGAAUGGGGUAACAGCAACAUGCUUGAUGAUAACCGACGUGAAUGCAUCAUACGCUAACCAGUUGGAGCACACUGCUUCAGAUUCAAGCAACUACUCCGCCGACAACCUACUUUUGUCAGUAUUAGGUUUUGGGGUUCAAAAGGUCAUCAGUACUACACAUUUUAAUCCAGUACGCAAAGUAUUACUUAUAGACCUAGAUAGAGAGGUUAAAUGAACAGUCACACUUAGGGCCUGAAUGUAUGUCUCACAAACGGAGCACAUGUUCAUGACCCGAGACGCCAGAGCUUCGGCUGGCGAAUCUUGUUUAAUUUAACGCAAGAUGCCGGUGUUGAAGGCUUCAAUGUGUAAUUAGAAGUAGGGUUUCAGAAGACCAUUGAUGCUGUUCUUUCAACUCGAAUCGUUAUUAAGAAUUUUAGGCCUGGGAUACAUUAAAGAUGGCGUAGAAAUAUUGACCGACAGACGUGAAGAUUAAUAUUUAGAUGCGUAGAAGGUUGAUACUAACCUGAAAGAACUUGAGUGCUGGCAGAGUUGUGAAGGCGGUUUACACUUCCCAACUGAGCUCACUCUGGAAGGUUACUUCUUGAGGUAUAUGAAAAGAAAACCAAGUUAGUAAUAUUGGUGUGCCUACAAGUCUCAAGGAACAUUUGCUUAGAACUGGUCACACACGAUCUCUUUGCAAGUUUGAGGUUUAAGUUUUUUUUUUUCGAAUCUUGCCGUAAACCCAUACUGCGGGCACUGGUAAACCUGGUAGUAGAGCGGAAUGUGCUACUUUUGAGGAUGACUUUUUCUGGUCCUGUCCCCUUUCUCAAAGUGAAGGCAACAUCAGUAUGUCACUGCUGGUCAUCUUCGGGAAAUACCUCACUGCUGUCAAACUCCGCCCAUCCAACAGUAGGACUUCACCCCCGGAGCAUAGCGAUUUGCGCUACAAUGGUAACUGCUUUUUAUGUGACUAUCUAACUGACCUUUGUGACAUUGUAGUACCUUGAGGGAACAAGUGUUCCACCAGCAUAUCUUAUCAGGUUACUGUGGUAUGCCAACCCGGCCACCACUUCACGGUAGCAGUUAUCGUUGGGGUACGCACACACACACACCUGGCUCUUACAUACCAACAAAAGGAAGUAAUUAACCUCUAGCACUAACCUCUAUUGGACACAAGCGACUACAUCGUAAUGCUUGAGGUUUUGCACAUAGGAUUUAUAUUCGCUUCCGCCUUAAACCGACGUCAUAUAUAUAAAGUUGGCAGGCUAACAGCCCCUAUAUAUAUGAUUGUUGAGCGAAAAUCAUGCAUUUUCGUAAAGUGAAUUACAUUAUGCGUCACUUUUGUGAUUGUUUAAGACACUCCAGUUUCCUUUCCAUAAUUUUCCUCCAAAUUAUCUGCACUUUAUUUACUGACAACUGAUAUACCUAUCAGUACAGAGUUCACUUUUAAUUUGAACAGCAGUCUUUUUAAUGCUUGUUCUUUCAGCCUCUAUAGCCGAAAUUUUAUACGUGAUAUCCGUACUAUUGUUUUACUAGCAUAGAAAAAGGAAAAGCAGAAUUCGUUUGCUGUCAGAUUUAAUCAGUGUUGAAAUAUCAGUCUCUGAAGAACUUUAAUUAACUGAGACCGGGCUGACUUUUUUGCUUCAAUCACAAACUAUUAAAGACAUUCAUUUCCCCCUUCUCAUUUUAUUUAGUUGACUACAGUCAUCUGAAAUACAACUAUGGAGGCACUGCUUGCCUACGUAGAUAUUCCUCAAGAUUGUCAUGAGGCGAUACCUCUUUUGAAUCUAGAAAACCCAGUGUUUGCUCGGCUUUUAAAGAGAAUGCUAAAAAAGCUAGAAAAAGGAGAAACUUGUACUCGAAAACAGUUGCCCCUGCUCUCAAGUGAUGGUGCUGAAGAAGACUCGGAUUUCUUACUUAUUGGAACAAAUCAGGAAGAGAAAUCAAAUAUGCUUUUCGCACGCCUUCCAGAUUCUACUGGUGGCAAUGAAGUCUACAAAUUACCCUUCGUGCGUUUCUCAAUUCGUAGGAUUAACGGACUUGAAAAGGCACAAGAGGAUCACAAUGAUAAAACAAACCAUUUUCCUCCAGCAGACCUAGAACCACAAUUACUGGAUUCUCUUAAACGUCUUGAUGAUAAAAUUGAUAAUUUCGGAUCACAGUUGACUAAAUUACUAGAACGUUUACUUCAGAGUCCCAAGGCAUCUCGACCUCGACAGCGUAAACCAGCAGCAUCUGUUACAAAUACUACUACUACUACUACUGCUGCUGCUGCUGUUGGCACUACCUCUGACACACAAAAGUCGGCGCAUACAUCAGAAUCUACAUCUGCACCGAAACCUACAUCCACCUCAAAGCCUACACCCGUGCCAAAAUCUACAUCUGCACCAAAACCUGCAUUGAAGUCAACUCCGACGAAGUCAUUGAUUACGCCUGUUUCCGGAACUCCGUCUAACUAUACAAAAAAUGAGUCGAAAGCGAACAUUGAGAAAAAGUCAACCCAUUCUUCACCACCGAAUCACUCUUCUGAGGAUGUUGUUCCAACGUUUAACUCUUCAGUCGAUAACACUAUUGAUCAUGUUCUAGCGCGUAUUAAUAAAAUGAAAGAUAUUAGCUUGGAAUCUAUGCCACAAAAUAGUCAGAUUUCUGUGAAUGGGAAAGAGGUUCCUUCAGACAACUCUGUAGAUACUGAUGCAUUUGAUCGACAUAUUGUUGUUGAAGAGUAUCGAAAUCCUGUUAUUGUACCUCAGAGAAAUGUUGUUGCCAUUUCGCCGUGUGUAUCAUUCACUGUUAAACCGGUCCAGAGUAGUGCAUCAUCGAGUAAGCGAAAAUAUCAACCAAUGGAAUGUUGUGAUGAAGUUAUGCCAAAAAAUGUCUCUCAUGAAGAAUAUUCUCUAAUUGAUAUUCAGUCAAGUGGUGAAAAGAAGAAGCAUAAGCAUAAAAGGCGAAAACAUACACCUGAGGAGGCGUAA